GCUGCAGAACCAGCAACAGAAAGAGUCUGAUCGGAAGCGGACAGCCGACGGGUCUCCCCCGACCGCACUCGCCGCUCUCGUCCCUGACAGGCUCCAGUCCACAGGAUAGUCCCAGGAACUUCUCUCCCAGCGCCUCCGCUCAUUUCUCCUUUGCACGAAGGAGCGAUGGUCGCCGCUGGUCCCUGGCCUCCCUUCCCUCCUCCGGAUAUGGCACCAACACGCCCAGCUCCACCGUCUCUGAGAAGCUGCACCAGCUGCCCUUCCAGCCCACGCCCGAUGAACUGCACUUCCUGUCCAAACACUUCUGCACCGAGAGCAUCUCCACCGACGAGUGUCGCCGCGCCACCGCCAUGCGGCCGCGCUCUCGCAGCCUCAGCCCCGGGAGAUCUCCUUCCUGUUACGACCACGAGAUCAUCAUGAUGAACCACGUCUACAAGGAGCGCUUCCCCAAGGCCACGGCCCAAAUGGAGGAGAAGAUCCAGGAGAUCAUCCGCAGCAGUUCUCCAGAGAUGGUCCUCCCGCUGGCCGACGGCGUGCUGGGCUUUGCCCACCAUCAGAUCAUCGAGCUGGCCAGAGACUGCCUGGAGAAGAGCCGGCAGGACCUCAUCACUUCUAGCUACUUCUGUGAGCUCACUGACAAGCUGGAGAGGCUGGUGCAGGAGUCCACCGAGAGGUCGGAGAGCGAGGAGGUCAACUUCAUCCGAGACCUGGCCAAGAAGAUCCUCAUCGUCAUCGCUCGACCCGCUCGACUGCUGGAAUGUCUGGAGUUUGACCCCGAGGAGUUCUACCACCUCCUGGAGGCGGCUGAGGGCCACGCCAAGGUGGGCCAGGGCAUCAAGACCGACAUCCCGCGUUACAUCAUCAGCCAGCUGGGACUCACGCGGGACCCUUUAGAAGAGAUGGCCCAGCUGAGCGGUGGUGGUGACAGCGGUGUGGCGGAGACGGACGACUGCGUCCAGGGUCUGAGUGCCGCCUUGAGGUGCAGACGCAAACCCUGUGAACUGGACUUUGAGUUGACCAAGCUCAUCAGCAACGGCGCCUACGGAGCCGUCUAUCUGGUUCGCCACAAGGAGACCAAGCAGCGCUUCGCCAUGAAGAAGAUCAACAAGCAGAACCUGAUCCUGAGGAACCAGAUCCAGCAGGCCUUCGUGGAGCGCGACAUCCUCACCUUCGCCGAGAACCCCUUCGUGGUGUCCAUGUUCUGCUCCUUCGAGACGCGCCGCCACCUGUGCAUGGUCAUGGAGUACGUGGAAGGCGGAGAUUGUGCCACCCUGCUGAAGAACAUGGGCCCCCUGCCCGUGGACAUGGCCAGGAUGUACUUUGCCGAGACGGUGUUGGCCCUGGAGUACCUGCACAACUACGGCAUCGUGCACCGCGACCUCAAGCCUGACAAUCUGCUGGUGACGUCCAUGGGUCACAUCAAGCUGACGGACUUCGGUCUGUCCAAGGUGGGUCUGAUGAACAUGACCACCAACAUCUACGAGGGUCACAUCGAGAAAGACGCCAGAGAGUUCUCCGACAAGCAGGUGUGCGGAACGCCGGAGUACAUCGCCCCCGAGGUGAUCCUGAGGCAAGGCUACGGCAAGCCAGUGGACUGGUGGGCCAUGGGCAUCAUCCUCUACGAGUUCCUGGUGGGCUGCGUGCCCUUCUUCGGGGACACGCCCGAGGAUCUGUUCGGACAGGUCAUCAGCGACCAGAUCAACUGGCCCGAGGGGGAGGAAGCUCCGCCUCCUGACGCCCAGGAGAUCAUCACGCUGCUGCUCCGACAGAACCCUCUGGAGAGGAUGGGCGCAGGUGGCGCCGGCGAGGUGAAGCAGCACUCCUUCUUCCACCACCUGGACUGGAACGGCCUCCUGCGGCAAAAAGCCGAGUUCAUCCCCCAGCUGGAGUCCGAGGACGACACCAGCUACUUCGACACUCGUUCGGAGCGUUACCACCACCUGGAGGCGGAGGAGGACGACACCAACGAGGAGGACUUCAACGUGGAGCUGAGACAGUUCUCCUCCUGUUCCCACCGCUUCUCCAAGGUCUACAGCAGUCUGGAUCUGUCCCGUGGACUGGUGGAGGAGAAAGGGGACGCCGAGGACAAGAAGCCGGAAAGUCCGCUGACGGUGGACUCGCUCAGCUGGACUCCGGACUUCACGGAAAUGCCGUCCCUGUCCCAGUCCGUUGACGGCGACUCCUCCAGCCAGAGUCCCGGUCCGGCUCUGUUGCCAAAGUUCGCCAUCUCGGCCGAGAGCGAGGCGGACGAGACUUCGGGUCUGGGCGAGCCCAGCAAGACCUGCUCCUCCAUCGGGGAGCUACCGCCAGACGAGCCGGACGCCACCACGCCAGGGAGCACCCACAGCGGGGCCACGCUCUCAGGAAGCUUCUCGGAGCACCUGGACCAGCUAACUCCCAGAGGCCAGAGUCCGGACAGGGUCGGGGACCAGAGGACGGCGACGGGCCCUUUGAGGACGGAGGAGAGGCCCCGAGCGCCCCUGAAGGUCCCCAAGUCUGUGUCCACAGGCGCUUUGUCUCUGAUGAUCCCCUCAGAUCUGUUCGCCUCGUCCCCGCUGGCCAGCCCGCUUUCCCCUUACUCGCUGUCCUCGGACCCCUCCUCGCGGGACUCCUCCCCCAGCCGAGACUCCGCCUCCAUCUUCGCCGGCGCCGCCCGGCAGCCGGUGGUCAUCCACAGCAGCGGCAAGAAGUUCGGCUUCACGCUGAGGGCCAUCCGGGUCUACGCCUGCGACGGCGACGUCUACAGCGUCCACCACAUGGUGUGGAACCUGGAGGACGGCGGGCCGGCGCAAAAGGCCGGACUGAAAGCAGGAGACCUCAUCACGCACGUCAACGGUGAACCUGUCCAUGGUCUAGUCCACACGGAGGUGGUGGAACUACUUGUCAAGAGUGGCAGCAAGGUGUCCAUCUCCACCACACCCUUUGAGAACACGUCAAUCAAGCGAGGCCCCGCCCGGAAGAACAGCUACCGCAGCAAAAUGGUGCGAUGUGGCAAGAAGGCCAAGAAGGAGAGGACUCCAGAGAGGCGGCGUUCUCUCUUCAGACGUUUCGCCAUGCAGCCGUCACCUCUGCUGCACACCAGUCGCAGCUUCACCUCGCUCAACCACUCGCUCUCAUCCGGCGAGAGUCUGCCCGGCUCGCCCACCCACAGCCUGUCCCCGCGCUCGCCCACCGCCGCCUUCCGCGCCGCCCCCGACUUCGCCCACUCAGGGGGUAACUCCUCCCAGAGCAGUUCGCCCAGCUCCAGCACCCCCAACUCCCCCGCAGGCUCCUCCCAAAUCCGGCCCAGCACCCUCCACGGUCUGGGCCCCAAGCUGCCCGGUCAGAGACUCCGCCAGGGGCGCCGCAAGUCGGCCGGAAGCAUUCCUCUGUCCCCUUUGGCCCGCACGCCGUCACCCACCCCCCAGCCCACGUCCCCGCAGCGCUCGCCCUCCCCGCUGCUCGCCGGACACUCUGUGUCCAUUUCCAAAAGCGCCCAGUCCUUCCCCACCAAAAUACACUCGCCGCCCACAAUCAUCCGCCAUAUCGUGCGGCCUAAAAGUGCCGAGCCGCCGCGCUCCCCCCUGCUCAAACGGGUACAGUCCGAGGAGAAGCUGUCCCCGUCCUACACCGGGGACAAGAAGCACCUUUGUACCAGGAAGCACAGCCUGGAGGUGACUCAGGAGGAGGCGCAGGACCAGGAGGAAGGCGACGACGUGGAGGGAAACGCCUGCGAGACGACAGUCCCGCGGGUGCGGCCGGUGGAGCAGGGCUGCCUGAAGAGGCCGGUGGGCCGCAGGGACGGACGUCAGGACUCUGCGGAGGAGUCCGACAAGGAGAUGAAGAGGAGGCAAGACUUCCUGCAGGAAUUCGACUCCUCCGCUUGCGAGGAGCGGAUGCGAACUCAAAGCAAAGUUUGUCCCGAGUCGGCCAGCGUGGCCCUCAAAGACGUUCUCUAUAAGAAAAUCUGCGGUCGCGUGUCGGACGUCGGGGGCGACUCGUUCGCCUGUGGUGGCGACGGCGAGUGGACGCAUCCUCGACAGAUGAAAGACAACACCAAGCCAGACCUCAAAUCUCCCAACACGGACUUUACCAGGAAGAGGCUGUCCUUCGAGGAGCGAGAGGACUUUGUGUGUCGUCUCUCUCCCAACAUCCACGACAACCUCCAUUUCGGUCCCUCCAGGUCCAAAAGCCUCCAGCUGGACGCGACGACUCACGAGCACAUGAAAGCGGGACAGGGCGGCGUCCCCGACGGUCUGGCCGCCAAGAUGUUCUCUGGCCGAGGGGAGACCGCCGUGGAAAAGCUGCAGCUCAUCUCCUCGGGCGAGUGUCCUUUAAGAAAGACGUCCUCCGACUACAAACUGGAGGGACGCCACGUGUCCUCUCUCAAGCCUCUGGAGGGCACCCUGGACAUCGGCCUGCUCUCCGGACCCAGGAUCUCCAAGACAGACCCGUGUUUGUCCAAGAUGGCCGAGUGCAAGAUGGUCUCGCCUCCCGUUUGGCUGCAGAACGCCGCCGAGCGCCUGAUGAAACCUCCCGAGAAACCCAAAAGCCCGCUGAGCUGCACGGCGAGUACCGAAACCUCCCCAAAGAUGUUCCCCAAAGAAGCAAGACCUGACGGUUCCAGCUCGACUGUGAAACAGGACGGCAGAACCUGCAUGAAGGUGACGUCAUCCCGACACUUCUCCUGUGGGAAGACACCAUCCAUCCGGGAAGUCAGCAAUGAAGACCAGGAGGAAGAAGACCAGGAGAUGCCGGCAAAAGUGGGACCUCAAGCUAGUUCUGACCCAAAGCAAGAGCUGCAAACAUCAAAUAUGAGGUUUCCAGGUACAGAACCACAUGUUGCGGUCACGCCAUCAACAUCUGGUUUUGGAUUGCAGGUCCAAAGCUCAACCUCAUCAGCUCAGAACUUUCCUGCUGGCACUGAAAGUGACGACCCGAGGGACGGGUUGAGCGAAUGUGGUCCAGAUCCAAAAGGGCCUCCAAAGGAAGACUGUCUUCUGUCGGACCAUCCAGAGACAAAGAUGUUUCCAGAAGAAAAGGCCCAGCAGAUAUCAGAGUACUGCACGGCGACAGUCCAAGACGGUGUUCCCGAAUCAACGCCAGAACCCUCAAUGGGAGUUUUGUUGAAGUGCGAACCUCAGCCUGUGGAGGACCUGAAGGAUCACGAUCCUCCAGUCGCCAAGAACGUUCUCGGUCCCAAACCCUCACCGCAAGAACCGACCCCCGCCUCUCGAGCUACUCUCGACUCUAAGCCGAGCGACGCCACGUUGCCCUCGGGGAGCGGUCUCCGGGAAAAACUUGUGUCGGCUCCUCCUCCUAGCCCCAGGCAACCAGAACCCAAAUCCUCAGUAGCAGCCUGCACCCUUGUGUUCAAGGAGAGCACAGAAUCCAAGUCCAAACAUCGGGCGGUGGUGCCUCACAAACUGGUCGGGGCACCGCCCAAACAUAAAGACCCCUCCCCCAAGAAACAACCCCCGCUCGUUAAGGAACAUCACGACCCGAAAACAAAGCGCACAACGUCGCCGCACAACCAGUCCGGACCCGAGACCGGCCUCUCGGAGACCACGGAUGCGUCCGCUAGGGGUCCGCCCCCCGACAAGGUGGCUAAGCAGGUGGAGAAGAAGAAACAAGAGGGCGCGUCCGCACUCAAGAGCGCCAAACGGGACACGUCCAAAGACUCCGGCAAAGGGAAGACCGGGCGCGGGACUUCCGGUCCCAAAAAGUAAACCUUUAAAGGAGCCUUCUUGUUUUAAUCCAGGACCGGACAAGCUGUUACGCGUGCUGGCGUUUGCUCCCGUGGUUCCCGGACGUGGGCGGGCGUUGCCCGAAAGGUGCCAUAAAACGCUUUUUUUCACUUGCACUCGUUUUAAUGCAGUAGAGCCGCCAUGUUGCGUACGUAGCCAUGUUUUUAAACGCCACUUCCUGUGACAUCAUCGCGGCUUAGACGACGACUCCUCAUGCUUGACCACAUUCCUUUGUCGGGAUUCAUCGUCGUAGGCCGUUUGAUGUUUGUGUUGCCGCGGCAACACGUCACGCUCAUGGAAUAUGUAGCAUUUCACUCGAGAACUGUGAGGCCGACAAACGUCGGAAAUAACGUUGAUUUCGCAAAGGUUUUUCGUGAACGACGGGAGGGCCCCGAUUGGUUCAAAACCUCGUACUGCGAGGCUCUAAAAACCACUUGAAGUACGAAGGAGUACAAGCGACACGAGAGUAACGUCGUAGAGUUACGAAAAUAACGUUUUAAAGUUACGUCUUUAGGAAAAAAGUUGUAACGACGGACAACUUCUCGUAAAACUCCGACUAUUCUCGGAAGAUUGCGAUUUUCUUUGUUCUCCGUUUUCCACGAGUCGUACUUGUUUCGUAAAACUAAGAUUUUGUUCUUGAAAAACGUACGCGUAACGUUAAUAAAAAUUUGCCAAAAUUCUGAUUUUUUCCGCAAAACUACGAUUUAUUCUUGUGGGAUCACGACUUAUUUUGUUUGGAGAAAGAAAACCAAAAUGUUUUUCCUCAAAUUAUUACAAUUUAAGAUUGACUUUACGAUGUAAUUCUCAAACAAAUUAUGAAGAUUAAAACUUUUAUCUCGUAAAAAUUCUACUUGAUUCUCGUACCAUAAAACAUAAAGUGAGGUUAAUUUUGUCGGAUUAUGAUUUUUUUUUGUCUGAAGAAAGAAAACCAAAACCUUUUUCCUCAUAGGAUUACAACUUUAGAUUGACUUUACGACGUAAUUCUCAAACAAAUUAUGAAGAUUAAAACUUUUUUCUCGUAAAACUUCUACUUGAUUCUCGUAGCGUGGAUGUAGUUUUUCUCCAUAAAACAUAAAUUGAGGUUUAUUUUGUAGGAUUACGACUUUUCUUUUCUCAUUUCUCAACUCUUUUGCUCUAAAAAAUGUCAUAACUUCUUUGUUUCGUGAACCCAAACUUUAAUUUUUCUUUCUCAAUAAAACAACUUUUUUUCCGAAGAUUUUGACGUUUUUUCCAUAAAGCUAUUUUUGUCAUAUUUAGACCAAAAUUUUGGUCAAACUUUCUUUUUUAUUUAAAAAAAACAACCAAAAAACCUUUCAUUGUAAGAUUACAUGUUUCUUCAUUAAAAGAAAACGGAAAUUGAUUGUGAUUUUUUUUUUAUGAAACCAUUUUUGUCGGAUUUUUCAUAAAAUUUGUGUUUUUUUCGUAAAAAAACAACAACCAAAAAACAAUUUUUUUCCUCAUAAAAUUGUCCUAUUUUCCCCAAAAUUAUUUUUGUAAUAUCAUGACUUUUUCCCCGUAAAACUACAAUUCAUUUUGUGGGAUUACGUUUUUUAAAAUCUUUUUCAUAAAAUUACACAUUUUUGUCGUAAAAGCUACAAUUUUACAUUAGCAGGAUUACGACUUUAUUCUCAAAGAAAUCAUUAAAAGAUUAAAAUGAGCGUCUCAUAAAACUUCUACUUGAUUCUUGUAUCAUGGAUUUAGUUUUUCCUCCAUAAAACAUAAAGGGAGAUUUUUAACUCCUUUACAGAACUUUAUUUUGUAGGAUUAUGACUUUUCAUUUCUCUUUUCUCAACUUUUUUUCUUUAAAAAAUAGACACCUCAUAAAAAAUAAGUCUUUAAACCGUAAAUUAUAUUUUUUUAUCCUCAAUAAAACAACUCUUUUUUUUUUUUUUUUUCCAAAAUGUUGAAAUUUUUUAUCAUAAACUUUUUUUUUUGUGGAUUACACCUCAUUCUCGAAAACUACUUACUAUUAAAAAAAACUUCUAAGAUUAAUAUUUUUUGGUUAAAAAAAAAAACGCAACUUGAUUGUGUUGGAUUUUUCUAAAGUUACGACUCAAUUUUGGAAAAAAUUUUCAUAACAUAUUUUUUCGUCAAAAACAACUCAAGAUUUGUCUUUUUUUUUUUUUCUGUGUUUCUCACAAAAUUUUAUUAUUUUCCGAAAAAUUAUUUUUGUAGGAUUACGACUUUAAUCUCAAAGAAAUAAUUAAAAGAUUAAAAUGAGUGUCUCAUAAAACUUCUACUUGAUUCUUGUAUCAUGGAUUUAGUUUGUCCUCCAUAAAACAUAAAGGGAGGUUUUUAACUCCUUUACAGAACUUUAUUUUGUAGGAUUACGACUUUUCAUUUCUCAACAUCUCAUAAAAAAUGGUUUUCCUUAAACCAUAAAUUGUAUUUAAUUUUUUUUCAAUAAAACUACUUUUUUACCAUAAACUUUAAUUUUUUUUGUUACACCUCAUUCUCGAAAACUAACUUCUAAGAUUACUUUUUUUUUUGGUAAAAAACGUGACUUGAUUGUGUCGGAUUUUUCCAAAAAUUUCGACUCAACUACGAAAAAAAAAAAAAAAAAUCGUAAAAAACAACUCAAGAUUUGUCUUUUUUUUCCCGUCUGUUUCUCACAAAAUUGUAUUAUUUUCCGAAAAAUAAUUUUGUAGGAUUACGACUUUAUUCUCAAAGAAAUAAUUAAAAUGAGUGUCUCAUAAAACUUCUACUUGAUUCUCGUAUCAUGGAUUUAGCUUUUCCUCCAAAGGGAGGUUUUUAACUCCUUUACAGAACUUUAUUUUGUAGGAUUACGACUUUUCAACGUUUUUUUUCCUCAAAAAAUAGACACCUCAUGAAAAAUGGUUUUCCUUAAACCAUAAGUUUUAUUUUUUUUUCUCUAUAAAACUACUUUUUUAUCAGAAACUUUUUUUUUUUGUUACACCUCAUUCAUGAAAACUAACUUCUUUUUUUGGGGGGUAAAAAACGCGACUUGAUUAUGUCGGAUUUUUUCUAAAAUAACGACUCAAUUACGAAUUAAAAAAAAAAAAUCGUAAUUGAGUUUAAUUAACAACUCAAGAUUUGUCUUUUUUUGUUCCCUGUGUUUCACACAAAAUUGUCGGAAAAAUUAUUUUUGGAGGAUUACGACUUUCUCUCGGAAAAGAAAAUAAUAAUCUUGUAAUAUUUCAAUUUUUUUUUGUAAAAAACGACAUGUUUCUGUAAAACUUUUUUUGGUGGUGGGAAUAAAAACCUGACUUUUUUCGACUAAAAUAAUUUCCCCCGCGUAACAUUACGACUUUUCCUCGUUACGAGUACUCCUUCGUACUCUCCAGUCAAGACUGCGUUAUCUCAAAAAUCUCUUUUCACUUUUUCGCGUUUCGAUUUUCGAGGCCUUUUUUUACGAAAAAAAAUUGGAAACGCCAACCAGGAAGUAGCUUUGGUAAGCGCGCCAGGACUUCCUCGUCGAUUUCACAGUUAUUGGCGAAAAAGGGGCGGGGCUAAAGCACCUUAUCCGCGGGGGGGGAAAGCGAGUGUUAUCUGGAAAGGUAUAAAAUAGUGGGAAAGCACAUUUGUUGUGGGUUUACCAGGCUUGUACAUUUUGUAUAGCGGACAUUUUGCCAAAUCUGUGUUGUGUGUCGCUGAUGUUUGUCGUGGUGCGAGCGGACUUUUCCCAAAAAAGUUAUUCUGGUCUUGUGCUGUUCUUUCCAGCGUGUUAGACAUUUUCCCCCUUCUGUCUUUUUAGAAAAAUGUGCAAUAAAAAUGUGUUUGUUUUUUGAGUUGUGUAUUUUGCUCAUAGAUGUUGUAUAUUUCACAAAAGAAACAGAUAUUUAUAUACUUCUAAUGUUGCGUCACACUGAGAAUAAAAAAGGAAACCAUGAUGUCA